AUGGGCAAUGAAGAAAUUUUAAAAGUCAGCGUAAGAGUCCCGCACUUCUGGCCUGAGGAGCCUGCGUUGUGGUUUGCCCAGGUUGAAUCACAGUUUGUCCUAUCGGGUAUAACUAAGGACGAGACCAAGUUCUACUAUUUGGUCGCGCAGUUAGACCACCAAUAUGCCAUCGAGGUGAAGGACAUCAUCACCAGCCCACCUCUAGCGGACAAGUACGAAAAGCUGAAGUCCGAACUAAUUAAACGACUGUCAGCUUCUCAGGAAAAACGGAUUAAGCAGCUUCUGAUGCACGAAGAGCUGGGCGAUCGGAAGCCGUCUCAGUUCCUGCGUCACCUGUCGGGUUUGGCUGGUCCCUCGGUGUCUUCUGACUUCCUGCUUACUCUGUGGUCCAGCAGGCUGCCGCAGAACAUCCAGACGGUCAUCGCCUCUCAAAUGGACCUCGAUAAGGACAAACUCGGCGAGUUGGCUGAUAAAGUUUAUGAGAUCGCACCGUCAACUCCGCAAGUCGCCAGCACUUCCUCUGCCGCAGUUCCCUACAGUGACAUGCAACACCAGAUCGCAGAGUUGACCAAGCAAGUGGCUAUGCUGACUAGCAGGCUUGAGGAUUCAAAGAACCGAUCACGUGCGAGAUCUCAAAAUAACCACUACAAUCGCUCACGCAGCCGCUCCAGACCAAGACAACCACCGCCUGACCUUCCACACUGCUUCUACCACUACACCUACGGUGCGAAGGCGAAGAAGUGUAAGCAGCCUUGCAGCUUCCCCUCGGAAAACUUCAAGGGCGGUCGGAAGUAG